GAGCUCUCCUUUGAGCUUUGCAUCUUUGUUGAAGUCGUCAACAGGAAUUAACUAUUUUGGUCCUGCACACGAAGAUUAAAAGAAAGAACAUAGUGGGGAUGUCAUUUUCUUUGAUGGCUGGAGUGCUUGCAUUCUUCCUAUCAAAGUCAUUGCUUGAUUGCAACCCCUGCCGGCCUUUGCUGCUAUCAGAUUCAAAGCUGUCUCUUUGCCCGGCAAAUUAUUCACCUGUCUAUGUCCCACCUGUUUCUUCCCUCACACAAUGCCAAUUCGAUCUCUUCUCGUGCUCCACAGAAGAGUGGAGAGAAAAGAAACAAGAGGAAGAACAAGAUCAUCCAAGUCCUACUAUUCCUGCAUCUACCACAGGUGCAGCUCACUCAGGACCUUUAACAGCAUCUUAGGAUCAUGAGGGCGCUGUCACCGGAGGCUUUAAGAGCUCCUUCGUGCUUUCUAAUAAGGCAGUGCAACUCCAAAGCAUUCGAAUGGAAGAAAGUGACGUCCAUCUAUGCUUCCCAGCUUCUCCUUGCUAUAGAAGCAUCGAGGAAUCUGAAAUUUGUGGUGCAGAAAUGGAUUCGUACACGACAAGAUCAGUGCAAGGAUAUUGGAGUCAUUUUAGGUGGAGAAAAAUAUGCUACUGCUUCAUUCACCUUCCUACCUCUUUCCUCCUCCCUUCUUUACGCUGCAAUUAAACUUCCGACAUCCUUCUGCAUCUUACUGCGCCCAGCUGCCAUUAUAAGAGUGAUCAGAGGGACAGGGGAAGAGGAAACAGCAGCUCGGAAUGAGGUUGGUUGUGUGUGGGCAGCAGAAGGAGAAUUCCAAAGGGAUCGCAUUGAUCUCUGUCUGCUGAACAGUUUUGAGCGGUCAUGCGAUUCCUCUGGAAUUUCCCAUCUGUUGCUGAAUGUUCCUCCCUCUCUACUCGGCUUGGAAAGCUCAUCGUCCAGGCUCGAGUGGCGAUUCCUCGACAUGAUCUUUACUGAGUUCUUCCCGAAGCAAGAAAACGUCCAUGAUCCUAUCGAAGAGACAGAUCGAUUUAAAUGACAUGUGAAAACGAAUCGUGUAACUCGAGGAAGAAAGAUCAGAGAAAACUAACCAACUUCUUCUUCUUCUUCUUCUUCUUCUUAUCUGGUAUCCAUCAGCUUCUGCUGUAGAGAAUUUAAUGAUGAACAAAAGUGGACUCAAGAUUGUUUUAGGCAAUUUCUAUAUGAGCAGCCAAAAAUGGCACUGAAGAAGCAAAGCUGAAGCGAUCUGUAGAAUGAAGCAGAAGCUUCGUCGAACCAGUCUGCAUGCAGGUGUUGUUCUAUUAAGAGCUCCACUUCUUUAAUGACCUUAACUGGCUUCAAACUAUCAUUGAACAUAUGGUGUGGUAGCAUUGAGACUCCAGUUCAAGAUACAAAGAAGAUUCAGAAGAGGAGCUACGUUCCGCUGCAUCUUAAUUUGCCGAAACCCUUUUCCCGAUCCUUCACACGGCCAUGGAUGGCCGUGAAGGUAUGAUGAGUUCGUUGAGGGGUUUGUCUUUGAGUGUAGGACAAGUAGGGGAGGGUGUCAUAUAUCCAUAGGCUGGGCCGAACCCUACUGCGGUGGUCCUUUGUCUCCCACAGCUGAAUUGAGUGUGGCCGGUCUCAUCGAUGGGAAGCCUUUUGGGACCACCAUGAUUGAUGCAGGAUGAUCCUCCAAGUCAUUCCAUGGCUUGCUGCUGGUGGAAGCACGGUCGCUGCACAACAAGUCAGACACGAGAGAAUCUAGUCAUGAUUGGAGUCAUAGAAAUACUCUCUUCUUUAAUUAGUUUAUAUCAGUUUAUCAAAGAAAAGUUGAUGAUA